AUGCUAGCCACAACUAAGGGGCUGGUCCGUGGAUUCAAAAAGUUCAGGCGCAAUGAGCAACAUACCUUGGAUAUGCACAUUCGCAGCGCUCUUCAAGUGGCAUUCGAAUCUGACCAACAAUCGCGACGCACCAUCAGAUUUCUCAUUUCAGAAGCAACAGGUCUGGCCGAAGAUCACGACUAUCGAGGACAUGACGAGUUCAUGCAUGACUACAUCCGGUCUGCCAGCUACGAAAGCGAAAACCUUCUCACCAUGCUGACAGAGAAGGGCUGCCGCAAAUACAUGGAUGCCAAGGAUGCCCAUGGUCGACGGCCGAUUGCAUACACCAUGAGCAACGAGAGCGCCAUGAUCAUAUUGUUCCAAGCCGGAGCAAAAUGCGAUAGGCUUCCCGAGAAGUACAAGGGACGUAUCAGAAAAGUUUGCGAGGCACGGGGAUUCACCUUCCCUCGCCUGGAUCCCGACCCUUACAACUACUCUGACGAUGAUGACGACGACGACGACGAGAUAGAGGAAUGGCACGGUUCUAUGGCCGCUGAACGUGAUUCGUUGCAUACUAUCCCAGGUGAAUAUCGCAAACCGGAGUACCUGCUUUGA